CUUGGUGUACGAUCGGUGAUGGCAGGCGUGUGCAAUUUGUGCAACGGAGGAGUCAGGUUCGUGCGCGACAACGAUCCCAACAGAAGAAUCAGAUACCAGGUGCUGCAGAGCGAAUCCGGCAGGAAACUUCUGCAGAGAUGUGGGAGAUCACCCGACGACAUAUCCAGCGUCGUCUUAGUUGAAAAAGAUAGUUCUUAUAUAAAGUCGGAAGCAGUGCUAAGGAUAAUGGAGCACCUUGACCUGCCGUUCCCUCAGCUGGCUUUCUUCUUGAAGAUCGUUCCUCUGUUUGUGAGGGACUUCGCUUAUGACAAUGUUGCAAACAGUCGUUAUUCGCUAUUUGGUCGGUCUGAGUCAGGAUCAUGCGAGAUAUAGGAGUCUGCUACUCCUGCAAAUACUUGAAAACUGUAUGUUAUCUACACAUCAAACUUAUUUGGAAUUUUGGUGCUUAGCUUAUUAUAUAUAAAUAUGACUUGUAGCGUUUAAGCUUAGGAUUUAAGAUUUGUUGGGACUUACGAUUUUGUUAUUAUUGUUGUUGUUGUUGUAAGGUUUAUGAGACUUGUGACCAUGCUAUUAAUGUAGUCUAACACUUGUAUGCA